UCGCCCCAGGUGAGCCCCGGGGUCUCAGGUAAGGUCUGGCGAUGGCAGGUAAGAUCCCCUCGGCGGAGAUGAGGCUCGGCGCCUCCACCUGAAAGUCCCUCCUCUUCCUAGGGGACCCUCCUCCUUUGGGGAGGCUUCCUGCCCUCCUCCAGGCACUGGGCUCCCUCUGCUCCCCGUGGGCCGCUCCCCGCGUGGGGCCACUGCCCUUGGCCCCCGCCAUGGUGCGGAUUUCAAAGCCCAAGACGUUUCAGGCCUACUUGGAUGAUUGUCACCGGAGGUAUAGCUGUGCCCACUGCCGAGCCCACCUGGCCAACCACGACGACCUCAUCUCCAAGUCCUUCCAGGGCAGUCAGGGGCGUGCCUACCUCUUCAACUCUGUGGUGAACGUGGGCUGCGGGCCAGCAGAAGAGCGGGUGCUGCUGACAGGCCUUCAUGCUGUCGCGGACAUCCACUGUGAGAACUGCAAGACCACUUUGGGCUGGAAAUAUGAGCAAGCCUUUGAGAGCAGCCAGAAAUACAAAGAGGGGAAGUACAUCAUUGAACUCAACCACAUGAUCAAAGACAACGGCUGGGACUGACCUAGCUCCUGACGCAUGUGGCUUCAGCCUGGCCUGGCCGCCAGGGGGAGCCACUGGUUUCGCUCCUCCUGAAGGGAGCUCUGGACCCUCAGGGCCCCCACAGGGGAAGGAUCCAGCUCCUGUACAUAUAUUUUAUUGCAUGCACUGUGACCUUGGGGGGAGACCAGGAGGGGGAUUGUACCCCCCGCACCUCCCUGCGAUCUGGCUGGCUUGGAUCUCAUUUUUUAACCCCUUCCUCUCCUGCCUGUCCCAUAGAUAUGGCCUGUGUGCUGCUCUCCUGGCCCCGGUGCACUAUCUUUCUGUGAACCUCUCCACUGGAUCCCUCUUACCCGCAGCGUGUCUGUUCUCAUUCUGUAGCGUUUGUAAAUAAUAAAACAAUGGAAUGGAGACA